AGUGUAGUAUACAUGAUUGAUUCGAAUCAAGGCUAUUCCCAACACUGCACCCUUCAUCUGCUUCUACGUCGUUUAUACAUUCUAAAUUGUAAGGCUAUCUUUCAGUUCAGAAUCUUCUCCGUUCGAUGAAUAACAAUUUUUCUAAGUAUUCUAUUCAAUAUCACAAACCUCAAUUCCAAGAAACCCUUUACCUCCUCCUUCCCCCGCGCUGCUAAAUCACGAUGAGGCCGCCUACGGAAAAUCAACACACGAUAAAGCUUCCUACGACACCAAAAGUCGCUCUCGAGACUGUGAAAGCUCGUGAGGUAGUUCAUGAAUGGAUCACGGCCUUAUCGAAGCAAUUGAAAAAUGGCCAAGCCUCCGAGCUCUCCGAGCUCUUUCAUGAAGACUCCUGGUGGCGAGAUAUGCUUGGUCUAGACUGGGAAUUCCAUACCAUUCAGGGACUUCAGCACAUCCAGGAGUUUGUCUCUCAGAAUCAACCACGCGUACAGCUGUCCAACCUUCGCCUUCCAGACGAAGGUAAAUCGCAAGCAAUAGUGGAGAGCCCGGUUGAAGGAUUGACGUGGAUUUCUUCAAUGUUUUUCUUCGACACUUCCAUUGGUAGUGGAUGUGGAGUAAUAUACCUAACUCAAGAAGUGGAAAAUGGGAAGUGGAAGGCAUAUUCUGUUUAUACUUCUCUGCAGGAACUUCGGGGGCGUGAGGAAACGCUUGGAUUGAAACGACCGGAAGGGACAAUUGAGUCAAUGCCAGGGGGACAUUCCAGAGGUAACUGGAUUGAGCGUCGUCAGAAACAGAUUGAAUUCGAGGAAGAGGAACCUACGGUUCUCAUCGUUGGGGCUGGUCAGUCUGGUCUCAAUCUUGGGGCUCGACUUCAAGCUUUGAAUCUAUCCUGUUUGGUUGUGGACAAGAACGAACGAGUGGGUGACAAUUGGAGAAAACGUUACCGCACUCUAAUUACACAUGAUCAUGCAGAAACAUGUCACAUGUCCUACCUCCCAUUUCCUAAGAAUUGGCCCAAGUACUCUUCAAAGGACAAACUGGCCGACUGGUUUGAAGCUUAUGCUUCAAUAAUGGAGCUAAACGUUUGGCUAAAGACCGAGAUUAAAGUUGCUGACUAUGAUGAGACUAAGAAGCGAUGGUCUGUCAUCCUUGUUCGAGAUGGAGUGGAGCGACAAGUCCAUCCACGGCAUAUUGCUUGGUGCGCAGGGCAUCUUGGAUUACCAAAAAUACCCAAUUUUCCUGGCGAAGAGAAAUUCAAAGGCACAAUCUACCAUGGCAGCCAACACUACGAUGCGGGACAACAUAGCCCUAAAGGAAAGAAAGUGAUAAUCGUCGGUACCGGCAAUAGCGGACAUGAUAUUGCUCAGGAUUUCUAUACACAUGGGGCUCACGUUACGAUGCUACAACGAGGUGGAACAUACGUUUUGACGGAGCAAAAGGGCUUGCCUUUACUCCCGGAAAAUAUGAACAUUGAGAAUAAUCAAACUUGUAUCGAAGAUGCGGAUGUUAUGUCUGAGAGUUUGCCGUGGCCAGUCACCUUGGCGCUGUGUGUUGAUCUAACGAGAAGGAUCACGGCCGCCGACAAAGAAACACUGGAUGGGCUUGAGAAAGCAGGAUUCAAGUUGGAAUUCGGUCACGAUGGCGCUGGUAUUUUACGCCUCAUUGUUGCUAGAGGAGGAGGCUACUACAUCGAUUUUGGUACCAGUCAACUCAUUAUUGAUGGUAAAAUAAAGGUAAAGAAUUGUCCAGAGGGUAUCGCUGGUUUUGAUGAGCAUAAUAUACUCUUAAAUGAUGGAAGCCAUCUGGAAGCGGAUGUGGUUGUACUUGCCACUGGUUAUGACAACAUGCGAGAGUCAGUGAGAAAGGUUCUUGGUGAUCAUCUCGCAGAUCAGUGUAAAGAUGUAUGGGGUCUAGAUGAAGAGGGUGAAAUCAAGACGAUAUGGAGGCCAAGCGGGCAUCCUGGAUUCUGGUUCAUGGGAGGAAGUCUAUCUCUUUGUCGGAUUUACUCAAAAUUUGUGGCCCUACAGAUUGCAGCCACCGAAAUAGGUCUGAGAUCGUAACGACUCACUAGAAUUCAUAUGAGGGAAGUAAGAUCCAUAGGUAAAGAGAACAGGAAAUGAUACAGUCGAAAUAUUACCUAUAGCAAGUAAAUACUAUUUCCUUAAAAACUGCUCGGUAUUAUGAAAAGAAUAUGGCAUAAAGCAGUUUUCAGGGAGCUUAUACACUUGUCAUGUCUAGAUUUGAAUAUAAUGGUGAAUUUUACCGAUAUUAAAAA